AAAUAUUCAAUUACUCAAUCAUGGUUGCCUUUUAUUCCAAGUAUAGGCUUAACAGAAACAAAAGCAAUAUGAUUAUAUUCGAACCAAUAACCCUCACGACUUCACCAAUUCGAUUAGUCAAGUAAAUAGGAGAAGGAAAACUGAAAAACGCCCAGACCAACAUGAGAGGCGCUGUCAGCCAAAGGUUGGCCUGCUUCGAUCGCUAUUUAGAAUAUGUGGGAAGUUUCAUGUGACAGGUGUCUGGAAGGUUUCUGCGACCGAUCCAAGCCUUGCGUACGUAUGACAGUCACCCAGACUGUUGUAGUCGCUUCGAUCAACAUUAUUAGUGUAUAUUAUCAAGAAGUGUAGCUAUUCAUUCGAUGUCGAUGUUUUAUGUUUAAUUUGUAUAUCUGGAAUUAUAUUUUAAAACAUAUUUUGAGAGCAAAGUAAAAUUAAGAACAAAGAUAGUAUACUAUUAAAAUAAAAUAGGCCUAAUUCUUAACUAUCAGACAAAAAUCUAAACUAAUAAUCGUAACAUAAUAUUUCAUAGUUAAUUAUGGACCGUUUAAAACUGGUGUUGCAAUAUUUUCAAUCAAACUCCGAAUCGAUUUCAAACGGGAUUUGUGUUAUACUGGCUCUGAUUAGCGUGAAGCUGUACACCAGUUUCGACUUUAACUGUCCUUGUAUUCCCCAAUACAACAAGCUAUACGCAUUAGGGGUGAUGUUUGUACCCCCAGUAAUACUCUUUUUCUUGGGGGUAAUAAUCAACCGGCACACCGGGGUGAUGAUGGAGGAAUGGGUAAGACCGCCUGGGAAGAGAACGAAAAAUCCAGCUGUUGUCAAGUAUCUGUGCUCAGCGAUGAUGCAGAGAGCCCUGCUAGCCCCUAUGGUUUGGGUGCUGGUCACAUUGCUGGAUGGAAAGUGCUUCGUUUGCGCCUUUAGCAUGAGUGUGGACCCCCGGCACUUCACGGGGAUACCCAACAACACCGGCAUAGACCUCGUCCGGCUGAUGGCCAAGGUGCCGUGCAAAGAGGAUGCGGUGUUUCGUAACAGCACCUUCCGGAAGGCCGUCACUCGCUAUGUGCGCUGCUACUCACAGGCCAUCGGCUGGUCCAUUUUGCUGUUCCUUAUCCUCCUGGGAGCCAUUGGCCGAGUAGUGAAGCCCUGCUUCGACCACGCCACCUUCCUGCAAACGCGCUACUGGAGCAACUACCUAGACAUCGAGCAGAAGCUGUUUGACGAGACCUGCGUCCUGCACGCGCGGGAAUUCGCACGCAAGUGCGUCCAUCAGUUCUUCCAGAGCAUGCAGGAGGACAUGCAGCUGCGGCUUCAGCUGCCUCCCCCUCACUGCCACCCCCAUCACCGGGAUGAGGAGUAUGAGGAUGAGGACCAUCUCCAUGGAAUCACCAGAGACGAACAGGUGGACCGCGUGCUGAAUACCUGGUACUUUUGCAGACCUGAGUUGGAUGUGACAAAGACUGCACAUCAACCCAAAGUGUACAUCACUUGGGAAGACCACAACGGCCGGACACUGUUCUCAGAUGUUUAAUUCCUGCCCUGAAAUCCUGGAAGGUGGAUCCUGAGAGACCAGAUGCAGUUUGAAGGCCUGAGGGUUGUAGGUCUUUGUACCAUCAUCUCUUGUGACUAUUGUAUCCUUAUCAUGGCUGGUAUAGAAUGCUUGUCAUUUGUACCUGUGUUCACUGUGAUUUCUAUGUAGGAAAAUAACACUUUUGUCUUUUGUUAAAUCUUUUGAAAAGAAAAAUAACAUGAACAAUUACCCUAUAAAACAGCUGUAGCGUUGUGUGUGGGGGGUCAUGUGUAUAUUACAUUAUGGGGACAAAAUGUCCCUACAAUGUGAAAAAAACUGUAACUUUGACCUGGGGACCAUUUUUUGGUCCCGACAAGGGGGAAACUCAAUUUUAUAAAAAACCAUAGUUGCAAUCAUCCAUCCAUUUUCUGAACCUACGUAUCCUAUUCAGGUUUGCUAAGGGGGGCAGAGCUUACAGGCACAGGACAGGGAACAACCCAGAAUGGGGCAUCAAUCUAACACAGGACACACUCACAGAACACACUCACAGAUCAUUCACUCACACAUACACACCUACAGGCAAUCUGGUAACUCCAAUUAGCCACAAUAUGUUCUUAGACUGUGGGGAGGAACCAGAGAAAACUGCACACCAACAGGUAUAAGAUAUAAUUACA